UGAGGUUUCUUUUUCCAAAGAAGUGAACAAUAAAGAAAGAGAGACAGAAAAUCAGAAUGUCAGUUGUUACCUUUCUUUGAACAAAAGGCAAAAAAAUAAAAUAAAAUCAUCCAAACCAGAAACCCAUUUUCCCCAUCACUCUCCAAUCCACAAACUUGGCGCCACCUGCCUUUGUUCAUCCAAUACCCACAUCACUGGAAGUUUCAAUUUUUUAGAUUUCUUCAAGAAAUUAUCACAACCCAUUUUGUUCUUCAAUUCAAUUCAAUCCAUUUCUAUCCCAAUCCUUCGUUUCCUUCACCCUUUUCUUCUUGUUUUUCAGUUUGGAAAUUUACUUAUAUAUAUAUAUAUAUAUAUAUUGUAUAUAUAUAUGUUGGAAUCAAGACAUGCUGAGAAUAAUAUUUCAGAUGUUGGUUGUAGUGGUGUUAAUGAUGAUGGUGAUGAUGAAGACGACGAGACUCGUAAUACUAUGGCGAAAACCCAAAUCAGGGAUGAUGAGUUUGAUGAUGAUCGAAAAAUGGAGAUGGGUAAAAAGGGGUUUGGAAAAGCAAAACAAGUGAUGUUCUAUCCAUUUCGUAAGGCGAAGAAACAGAUUCUUCGGCGGAGGAUUAAGAGGGGUUCUUCUUGUUCUUCUUCUUCUCCUUGUUCUUCGUCUUCUCCUUCUGUUAUUUGUAGUAGAAGAACGAAUUCUUUGGAUAAGAGGGGUUUUGAUGGGAGUGUUAAUCAGGGUUGUGGUUUCUGUUUGACCAAACUUUCGAUUUCAGAUUCUAAAAAUGGGUCUCCGACUGACCCUAAUCACCGGAAGUUCACUAAUGAAAUGUUGAAAGUUCUCAUUGAGAAGAAUGAUUUCUAUUCCAAGGAAUCCAAUCCUCACUUGGAUGUUCAAGUGGAUACUAGACAGAAACAUUGAAUUCAAUUGGGUUUUUGGUUGUCGAGAUUUAAUUCAAGCGUCUAGCCUUAACCAUCCAUCUUCCAUUGUUCAUUCAACUUGUGACCAGAAAGUUUUGGUGGAGAAUGAAGUUGAGGAUUUCAUGAGGCUAUUGCUAGUGUUCGUAACCUUGGUUCAGAAAAAAUAUGCACACUGACGAUUAAUAUUUAAGGGAAGAUGGAGAUUCUUCCGGAGAUGGUCUUUGUUCUUUUGUUUGAUGAUAAGCAAUUUGGAUUGGAGGCCCUUCCUUCAAUUGAUCCCUCUUCCGAAGCUAUUGUUAUGAAGUCAUAACCUUCUUUGGAUCUCUCUAAGCCAAGUUCGUUAUACUGUUUUCAUUCUCUCUUCACUUAGGAAGAUCUCUUUCAAUAUGGUGUAGGAACCGAUUACUUUUUAUGAAAAAUUAGGUUUGGUUUUCUGCUGCCAAGUCAUUUUGUUGGCUGGAGUUUGCAUUUGAUAGCCUCAUUGGUGGUCUUUCUGCUUUUGAAUGUUGGCUCUUCAGUUUGGUGGCUUUCCAUUGGAGGUUUUUGGCGUUGUUGAUUGGGUAUGGUGCUUUUCUCCUUUCCUCUUUGAUGUUUGCAGCUGUGGCUUUCCUUGUGGAGUUCUCUUCUUUCAUUUUUCAGGGUCUGUUUGGUUGGGUCCUUUUCAUUCUUGGAGAGCUUGUUUUGCCAAUUUUUUUCUUAGGGAUAUCUUUGUGUCACUAAUUUGGUUGGAUAGUUCAUUCUUUUCCCUCCCAAUCGGAGUUUGUAUCCUUCAGCAUUUUAUAUUUUUUCAUCAAAUCAAUAAGAAGUUAUUUCUUGUCAAAGGAAGUGUAAGCAAGUGUAGUCAUUCACUUUGAGAGGCUAUAAUAAUAUUUCUUUAAGAUCUCAA